AUGAGGGGCCAGGCCGCCGCCCCGGGCACCUUCUGGAUCCUCACACCACUCCUGCUCCUGCUGCUGCUCCUGGGGCGCUGGGCACGUGUUGCUGUUGGGGCAGACACAGGGCCUGGGGCCGAGACGUGUGCCACGCUGGUGCAGGGCAAGUUCUUUGGCUACUUCUCGGCAACCGCCGUGUUCCCAGCCAACGCCUCGCGCUGCUCCUGGACUCUGCGCAACCCAGACCCGCGGCGCUACACACUCUAUAUGAAGGUGGCAAAGGCACCCAUACCCUGCAGCCGCCCUGGCCGCGUCCGUACCUACCAGUUCGACUCCUUUCUUGAGUCUACACGCACCUACCUGGGCGUGGAGAGCUUCGACGAGGUGCUACGGCUCUGUGACCCCUCUGCGCCCCUCGCCUUCCUGCAGGCCAGCAAGCAGUUCCUGCAGAUGCAGCGACAGCAGCCACCCCAGGAUGGAGACCUGGGUCUCCCAGGGGAGACCCCAGGCCCCAGCGAUGACUUCUCUGUGGAGUACCUGGUCGUGGGCAACCGAAAUCCCAGCCGAGCUGCCUGCCAGAUGCUGUGCCGCUGGCUGGACGCCUGUCUGGCGGGCAGCCGCAGCUCACACCCCUGUGGCAUCAUGCAGACCCCCUGCGCCUGCUUGGGUGGUGAGGCCGGAGACCCUGCCUCCAGUCCAUUAGUCCCCCGUGGUGACGUCUGCUUGAGAGACGGUGUAGCUGGCAGCCCUGAGAACUGCCUCACCAGCCUGACCCAGGACCGGGGCGAGCAUGGCUCAGCAGGAGGCUGGAAGCUGUGGUCCCUGUGGGGCGAGUGCACGCGAGACUGCGGAGGAGGCCUACAGACAAGGACACGCACUUGCCUGCCCGCUCCCGGCCUCGAGGGCGGUGGCUGCGAGGGGGUGCUGGAGGAGGGGCGCCUGUGCAACCGCAAGGCCUGUGGCCCCGCUGGGCGCACCAGCUCCCGGAGCCAGUCCCUGCGGUCCACAGAUGCCCGGCGGCGUGAGGAGCUGGGAGAUGACCUGCAACAGUUUGGGUUUCCAUCCCCCCAGACUGGUGACCCGGCGGCUGAGGAGUGGUCGCCAUGGAGUGUGUGCUCCAGCACCUGCGGCGAGGGCUGGCAAACUCGCACGCGCUUCUGCGUGUCAUCCUCGUACAGCACGCAGUGCAGCGGCCCGCUUCGGGAACAGAGGCUGUGCAACAACUCCGCGGUGUGCCCAGUGCACGGUGCGUGGGACGAGUGGUCGCCUUGGAGUCUCUGCUCCAGCACCUGCGGCCGCGGCUUCCGGGACCGCACACGCACCUGCCGGCCCCCGCAGUUCGGAGGCAACCCCUGCGAAGGUCCGGAGAAACAAACCAAGUUCUGCAACAUUGCCCUGUGCCCUGGUAGGUGAGAGGGAGCGGCUGUGGACGGAAACUGGAACGAGUGGUCGAGCUGGAGCGCCUGCUCUGCCAGCUGCGCCCAGGGCCGGCAACAGCGCACGAGGGAGUGCAACGGGCCUUCCUACGGAGGUGCUGAGUGCCAGGGCCACUGGGUGGAGACGCGAGACUGUUUUCUGCAGCAGUGCCCAGUGGAUGGCAAAUGGCAGGCCUGGGCCUCGUGGGGCAGCUGCAGCGUCACGUGUGGGGGUGGCAACCAGCGCCGAGAGCGUGUCUGCUCAGGGCCCUUCUUCGGGGGAGCAGCCUGCCAGGGCCCACAGGAUGAGUACCGACAGUGCGGCACCCAUCGGUGUCCUGAGCCCUAUGAGAUCUGUAAGGAGGACAGCUUUGGAGUCGUGGUGUGGAAAGAGACACCAGCUGGAGAGGUGGCUGCCGUCCGGUGUCCCCGCAAUGCCACAGGCCUCAUCCUGCGGCGCUGUGAGCUCAACGAGGAGGGCAUCGCCUACUGGGAGCCCCCCACCUACAUCCGCUGCGUCUCCAUUGACUACCGAAACAUCCAGAUGAUGACCCGGGAGCACCUGGCCAAAGCUCAGCGUGGACUUCCAGGGGAGGGAGUCUCAGAGGUCAUCCAGACCUUGGUGGAGAUCUCUCAAGAUGGGACCAGCUACAGUGGGGACCUGCUCUCCACCAUUGAUGUCCUGAGGAACAUGACUGAGAUCUUCCGGAGGGCCUACUACAGCCCCACCCCAGGGGACGUGCAGAACUUUGUCCAGAUCAUCAGCAACCUGCUGGCCGAGGAGAACCGGGAGAAGUGGGAAGAGGCCCAGCUGAUGGGCCCCAAUGCCAAGGAGCUCUUCCGGCUGGUGGAGGAUUUUGUGGAUGUCAUUGGAUUCCGCAUGAAGGACCUGAGGGAUGCGUACCAGGUGACAGACAACCUAGUCCUGAGCAUCCACAAGCUUCCUGCCAGCAGUGCCACUGAUAUCAGCUUCCCCAUGAAGGGCUGGCGAGCCACUGGUGACUGGGCCAAGGUGCCAGAGGACAGGGUCACAGUGUCCAAGAGUGUCUUCUCCACAGGCUUGGCAGAGGCAGAUGACUCAUCUGUGUUCGUAGUCGGAACCGUGCUCUAUCGAAAUCUGGGCAGCUUCCUGGCUCUGCAGAGGAACACAACUGUGCUGAACUCCAAGGUCAUCUCGGUGACUGUGAAGCCUCCGCCCCGCUCCCUGCUCACACCCUUGGAGAUUGAGUUUGCCCACAUGUACAAUGGCACCACCAACCAGACCUGCAUCCUGUGGGAUGAGACGGAUGUACCCUCCUCCUCCUCCGCCCCCCCGCAGCUUGGGCCGUGGUCGUGGCGUGGCUGCCGCACGGUGCCCCUCGACGCCCUCCGGACGCGCUGCCUGUGUGACCGGCUCUCCACCUUCGCCAUCUUAGCGCAGCUCAGCGCCGACGCGACAAUGGAGAAGGCUACUGUGCCAUCUGUGACGCUCAUUGUGGGCUGUGGCGUGUCCUCACUCACCCUCCUCAUGCUGGUCAUCAUCUACGUGUCCGUGUGGAGGUACAUCCGCUCAGAACGGUCCGUCAUCCUCAUCAACUUUUGCCUGUCCAUCAUCUCCUCCAAUGCUCUCAUCCUCAUUGGGCAGACCCAGACCCGAAACAAGGUGGUGUGCACGCUGGUGGCAGCUUUCCUGCACUUCUUCUUCCUGUCCUCCUUCUGCUGGGUGCUUACCGAGGCCUGGCAGUCCUACAUGGCGGUGACCGGCCACCUCCGGAACCGGCUCAUCCGAAAGCGCUUCGUCUGCCUGGGGUGGGGGCUUCCUGCGCUGGUUGUGGCCAUUUCUGUGGGGUUCACCAAAGCCAAGGGGUACAGCACCAUGAACUACUGCUGGCUCUCGCUGGAGGGUGGACUGCUGUAUGCCUUCGUGGGACCGGCGGCUGCUGUUGUGCUGGUGAACAUGGUCAUUGGGAUCCUGGUGUUUAACAAGCUGGUGUCCAAAGAUGGCAUCACGGACAAGAAGCUGAAGGAGCGGGCAGGGGCCUCCCUGUGGAGCUCCUGUGUGGUGCUGCCGCUCCUGGCGCUCACCUGGAUGUCGGCCGUGCUCGCCGUCACCGACCGCCGCUCCGCCCUCUUCCAGAUUCUCUUCGCUGUGUUCGACUCACUGGAGGGCUUCGUCAUCGUGAUGGUUCACUGCAUCCUGCGCAGAGAGGUCCAGGAUGCUGUGAAGUGCCGUGUGGUGGACCGCCAGGAGGAAGGCAACGGGGACUCAGGGGGCUCCUUCCAGAACGGCCAUGCCCAGCUCAUGACUGACUUUGAGAAGGACGUGGACCUGGCCUGUAGAUCAGUGCUGAACAAGGACAUUGCAGCCUGCCGCACGGCCACUAUCACAGGCACACUCAAGCGGCCUUCACUGCCCGAGGAGGAGAAGCUGAAACUGGCCCAUGCCAAGGGUCCACCAUCCACCUUCAACAGCCUGCCAGCCAACGUGUCCAAGCUGCGUCUGCAGGGCUCGCCGCACUGCCCCGGGGGGCCCCUGCCUGCCUUCCCCAACCACUCUCUCACCCUUAAGAAGGACAAGGCUCCUAAAGCCUCUUUCAUCGGUGAUGGGGACAUCUUCAAGAAGCUGGACUCGGAGCUGAGCCGGGCCCAGGAGAAGGCUCUGGACACAAGCUAUGUGAUCCUGCCCACGGCCACGGCCACACUGAGGCCCAAGCCUAAGGAGGAGCCCAAAUACAGCAUCAACAUUGACCAGAUGCCCCAGACCCGCCUCAUCCAUCUCAGCAUGGCACCCGAUGCCAGCUUCCCUACCCGCAGCCCACCCACCAGAGAGCCCCCCGAGGCGCCUCCCACUCAGCCACCGCCGCCCCCACCCCCACCACCCCCACCACCCCAGCAGCCCUUGCCCCCACUGCCCUCCCUGGAGCCAGCGCCCUCCAGCCUAGGGGACACAACGGAGCCAGCGGCCCAUGCAGGACCCAGCACGGUCACCGGCUCCAAGACUGAGAACGUGGCCACUUUGUCCGUGAGUUCCCUAGAGAGGCGGAAGUCUCGGUACGCAGAGCUGGACUUUGAGAAAAUCAUGCACACACGGAAGCGGCACCAGGACAUGUUCCAGGACCUGAACCGCAAGCUGCAGCACGCAGCUGAGAAGGACAAGGAGGCGAUGGGCCCUGACUGCAAGCCGGAAAAGCAGCAAACGCCCAGCAAGCGGCCGUGGGAGAGCCUUCGCAAGGCCCAUGGCACGCCUGCCUGGGUGAAGAAGGAGCUGGAGCCCCUGCCCCCGUCGCCAGUGGAGCUUCGGAGUGUGGAGUGGGAGAAGGCAGGUGCCACCAUCCCGCUGGUGGGCCAGGACAUCAUCGACCUCCAGACUGAGGUCUGA